GGGGCGGGGCCCGGCUGGUUCCUGGCGUUCCGCGGCGCGGCGGCGGCGGCGACAUGGAGAGCGGGGCCUACGGCGCGGCCAAGGCGGGCGGCUCCUUCGACCUACGGCGCUUCCUGGCGCAGCCGCAGGUGGUGGCGCGCGCCCUGAGCAUGGUCUUCGCCUUGAUCGUGUUCUCCUGCAUCUUCGGCGAGGGCUACAGCAACACCCCCGAGUCCCCGCAGCUGUACUGUGUGUUCAAUCACAACGAGGACGCCUGCCGCUACGGCUGUGCCGUCGGUGUGCUGGCCUUCCUGGCCUCCGCCUUCUUCUUCGUGGUUGACAUCUAUUUUCCCCAGAUCAGCAACGCCACUGACCGMAAGUACCUGGUCAUUGGCGACCUGCUCUUCUCAGCUCUCUGGACCUUCCUGUGGUUUGUUGGUUUCUGCUUCCUGACCAACCAGUGGGCAGCCACCAAGCUGGCGGAUGUGUUGGUGGGGGCGGACUCGGCUCGGGCAGCCAUUGCCUUCAGCUUCUUCUCCAUCUUCUCCUGGGGCGCACUGGCUUCCCUGGCCUACCAGCGCUACAAGGCCGGAGURGACGCCUUCAUCCAGAACUAUGUGGACCCCACCCCAGACCCCAACACGGCCUACGCCUCCUACCCCAGCGCAUCAGUGGAUAACUACCAGCAGCCUCCCUUCACUCAGAGUGCGGAGACCACUGAAGGCUACCAGCCGCCGGCCGUGUACUGAGUGGCCGCAGGGAGGGCGCCCGGGGCCUCCCCCUGCCCUGGACUUUUCCUCCGGGCUGCCUCCUAGAGCUGCAGUUCCUCCUCUGGCCCACACCUGCUGCCGCUCUCCGGGCCUUCCCACGCCUGCCUGUGCUGGCAGAGCACACCCAAGUGCCUGUGCCCAAGGGCUUUGCAGCCACGCACCCCACGGGCAUUUUUUAGGACAGGGUUUUUAGUUAGAUGUUUUCUCAUUGCUUUUUUUUUUUUUGCCGAUGCUGGGGCUUGAACCCAGGGCCUUGCUCUUGCUAGGCAAGUGCCCGACCACUGAGCUAUACCCCAGCCCUCAAUGCUUUUAAUGACUUGCUAACCCUGCUAGAGUCGCCAGAAGCAGGAAGGUGUGGAUGAUGGGCCCUGUUGAUAAGGGCCCAGCAUCCCCCCAUCCUGAAGGAGCCCAGCCCAGCCUAGGGCUGUAGUAGCCAGUGAUUUGGGUUUUCUGCCAAAGAUGGGUUGGGAGUCCUUAUGUCUGUGUUUGGUGCUGGCUCAGGCUCCCUGCCUCCUCACUCAGGUCUGCCACUCUGGUCCCUUGCCUGGCCUCAGGCUGGGCCAAGCUCACUGCUGAACCCUCAGGGUCACCACUGUGCCAACCACUGGGCUGGCUCCCUCCCUGACAGCCGUGGGGUGGGGCUGCUGCCACCCAGGCAUGACUGGUAGCACUUCCUGCUGGCCCUACCGGGGCAGCAGGGAGGGACUUUGCCUGAUAACACCCAGCUUUAUGUAAAUAUCCUGCAACUUUGGUUUUAAGAGUAGGGGGAGGGCAGGGGCACCCCACAAUAUUCGAAUGUACUAAAAAAGCCUUGGGAGAAGAUGCCCUUGCCCUGAGGUUGAGUCUGGAUUGGAGAUGGAAUAAAUGUUUUUCUUUCA